CGUACUGCAGCGUCUGCACUUUAAACCAGUUUCGCAUAAUGCUGACUGCAAAAGUGGGCGACAUGACAGGCGUUUAAAAGAUUAUGGUCGCGUGAUUAAUCACUUUUUCCGUCUUCCACUUUGAAGUAUAACACAGCCGUUUUUUCUCAGUUUCCUCUAAUCUCUCCCAAAAUUGUUAUACUUUCAAUAACGGCUGAAUCAUGCCGCACCCGCUUUUUAAUAACCUGGAUGGACUGACCACCGUGAGCGCUGGCUUAUUUGCCGGCACAGCGUUUUAUAUGUCAACACAGGAAGUGCCGGCGAUGCGCGAUCUUGGUCUGGAUGAAAACUGGAGAUUCUUCCCGUAUAUGUACCAUCGCGCUUUCAUCGCGCAAGGUUCGCUAUGUUCAUUGGCUGGCGUGGGCAGUAUCACCCACGCUCUGCGAAUCAUCAACUCGGACUUCGACCGCAAAUUGUGGUUGGGCGUGGGAGCGACAUUUCUGGCUGUUUUGCCCUACACCUUUAUAGUCAUGGUGCCGACAAAUAACGCCAUCUGCGAGGACAGUAAGCGUGUCACCGAGGGUGGUCAGUCCCGCUUCGAAACAGGCCGACGCCGAGAGAUGCUGGAGACGUGGAGCUACAUGCACCUGGUGCGCACUAUUGGCUCCUGUGUCGCUUUCGGCGUUAUGGUGUACGGACUGGCACGUCACGGCCAUCUGGUUUUCAAGCAGUAAAAAUUUGGUCGGAAACGUUAACCGUUCUGUGCAGAUAUGUAUUACCUAACUGCCACAGCCGACUCAAACACAAAACUGUAUCCUCCACAAACAGUGGUGUCCUUUAUUCUUCAGAGUUCAGGUGGUGGUGUACUUGCCUAUCUUGUGUUUGCGUUUCGGUUUUUACUAAACAAGCAGUGUAAUUCAAUCCAAAAAUGAAUGGAAGUCGGAUUUUCCUGUUCAUCUUGAAUAAGUGCUUAAUUUUUCCUGAAGGUAUCUUAUUGUCGCUCUUGUGGUUUCUUUGGUAAUGCAUAUUAUUGGUUGUUACUUAUUGCACAUUUGUUUCUGUUUAUUGGUGUCGUGUUACAAUAUACGUGGUGAAGAGUCAGAAGAAUGAAUGUUAAACAGGUAGAUCAUAAAGCAACGAAAGAAAAAGAAUUUU